AUGGGCCAAACAAACCCUGGUAGCCGUGCUCCACUGCUUAUCUCUGAAUGGAAAGCGGCUCAGAUAUCCGGUAACGGCCUGCAGAGGCUAUGUUCCCUUGUGGAAGCAGAGCGGUGUGCCAACUCUCACACCCAUGCAUGGAUCUCCCUCGCGGAUACCCGCCAGAUCGAAGAGCAGUGGACCAAGCUCAAGCGUCUAGGCCCUAAGGCAUCUUCUCUACCGCUCUAUGGCGUGCCUUUUGCAAUCAAAGAUAAUAUCGACGCGGAGGGCUUCGCUACCACUGCCGCUUGCCCGUCAUUCGCUUCUGGGAAGGCGGCCUCAGAUGCAGCUGUUGUCCGGAAUUUCAAAUCCGCAGGCGCGAUUCUCAUCGGAAAGACAAAUCUGGACCAGUUCGCUACUGGACUGGUUGGAACGCGCUCACCCUAUGGCGCAGUUCCCAACCCAUUCGAUUCAACCCGUGUAAGCGGCGGAUCCAGCUCCGGGAGCGCCGUGGUGGUCGCCCGCGGUGUCGUUCCCUUCUCCCUCGGAACUGACACGGCUGGCUCUGGCCGGGUACCCGCGGGAUUCAAUAAUAUUGUAGGGUUGAAACCAACACGGGGAGCCUUGAGCACUGCAGGCGUAGUCCCCGCUUGCAGGACCCUAGACUGUGUCUCCAUCUUCGCCCUUACCGUGGAGGACGCUCAACUCGUCUUGUCAGUGGUAGAAGGCUACGAUCCGGAGGACUCAUACUCUCGCAAACGCCCGGAUUUAUUUCAUGAACAACGGGACACUGUCUUUGGCCACGUCGGGUCUGUCUCAAGUCCUCGGUUGGCUAUAUGUUCCAAGCCGAACUGGUUCGGAUGCGAUGAUCAUCAUCCUGCCUAUGAUAAGGCUUUGGAAAAGGCUGCGUCUCUUGGUUGGGUGCUAGAGCCUGUUGACUUUAGCCUGCUAUUCCAACUUGCCCAGCUACUGUACUCGGGCACAUGGGUUGCGGAAAGAUACGAGGCUAUUCGAUCCUUCAUUCAGACCGUUGAGCCACAGGCGAUGGACCCUGUCGUUCGUAAAAUUAUCAAAGGUGCUGAGAUGUUCACGGCGGCUGACUCAUUUGCUGGAGAGUAUUUGAGACGAGACCUUACGCGACAAAUCGAGACGGCUUUCGCUAGGUUCGAUGGCAUUCUCGUCCCAACCACACCAACAUUCCCAACACUGGAACAGCUCUCAUUAGAGCCGGUGGAGGAGAACUCUAAGCUUGGGACGUACACCAACUUUGUCAACUUCAUGGACUGGUCAGCAUUGUCGUUUCCUGCAGGUUUUAGGCCUGACGGGCUUCCAUUUGGCCUGACGCUUAUUGCUAAUGCGUGGCAAGAGCCACAACUUCUAGAGUUGGCUCACCGGUUUUGUUGCUCUGCGGAACCCCGAACUCUCGGAGCAACUGGAGAGUGCUUCACGGAAGGGUCUCUUCCAAACUCAGUAUCGCGGACUGCCCACGAUGUCAUUUCGAUCGCUGUUGUUGGUGCGCACCUCACGGGCUUUCCCCUCAACAAAGAUCUCACCUCUCGAAAUGCGACGUUUUCAAAACAGACAUCCACGUCAUCCCGGUAUAGACUUUUCGCCCUCUCUUCCACGUCGGGAGUCAGCAAGCCCGGGCUGAAGCGUAUCCCCGCCGAUCAACGCGGCAAGGAAAUCGAAGUUGAGGUUUGGAACCUACCUAGCUCAGCCCUGGCCAGCUUCAUGCAAACCAUACCUUCCCCGCUUUCGAUUGGGAAAAUCGAGCUUCAGGACGGCUCUUGGAUCCAUGGAUUUGUAUGCGAGCCUGUUGGCCUAGAAUGUGCGACAGACAUCACAGAAUUUGGCGGCUGGAGAUCGUACAGCAAACAUAUCCAAGUCCCGAUCCAAAGGUCGGAGGCACCGUCCAAAAAGAAGACAAUUUCAAAGGUCCUCGUAGCCAACAGAGGAGAGAUAGCCGCCCGCAUCAUCAAAACGCUCCACAAGAUGGGCCUCCAAGCUGUAGCCAUCUACUCCUGUUCGGACUGUACAUCUCCCCAUGCCCGUACGGCUGAUGUUGCUCUGGAACUCAAAGGCCAGACUGUUUCGGAAACAUACCUCAAUAUAAAUCAAAUCAUCGAGUUGGCCAAGGCCUCCGAGGUCGACUCAAUCAUCCCCGGGUACGGGUUUCUGUCAGAAAAUGCCGACUUCGCAAGGGCUGUACAGGACGCCGGGAUGGUGUGGAUAGGUCCCACGCCAAAGCAGAUGCAUGACUUGGGACUCAAGCACAAGGCUCGGGAAAUCGCCCGCGCUGCAGACGUACCUACUGUUCCUGGAAGCCAAGGGCUCCUAAGCUCUCUGGAUGACGCCCUCCGAGAAGCACAGCAAGUUGGUUUUCCGCUCAUGUUGAAAAGCACUGCUGGUGGCGGUGGUAUAGGUUUGAGCCACUGCGAAGACGAGGGGAGCCUCGCAGCGGCCUUUGACGCUGUGGCCAGACAGUCCCAGGCGAACUUUGGAAAUGGGGGGUUGUUUCUAGAGCGUUUCAUUACCCAGGCAAGGCAUGUCGAAAUCCAGAUUCUCGGUGACGGGACUGGGCGAGCGAUAGCUCUUGGUGAGCGCGAUUGCUCUCUGCAGCGCCGCCAUCAGAAGGUUGUUGAGGAGAGCCCGGCUGCAAUGGUCCCCCAAGACGUGCGAGACAAAAUGAAGGCUGCCUCUCUGCGCCUGGCAUCGUCGGUCAGAUAUUUGAACGUCGGUACGGUGGAGUUUGUUUACGAUAUCAACUCGGCCGAAUUUUUCUUUCUCGAAGUAAACACUCGCUUGCAAGUUGAGCAUCCAGUCACGGAGCAGGUGACUGGGUUGGACCUUGUUGAGUGUAUGAUCAAAACAGCGGACAGCCGCUGGGAUGAGCUGUUCCCCGAAUCUAAGCAGGACGUUGCUUUGACGGGUGCCUCAAUCGAAGUACGUAUUUAUGCAGAAAGCCCACUUCAAAACUUCCGACCAUCCGCAGGUGAAAUCACAGAGUUGAUAUUUCCUGACAACCUGAGAGUCGAUACCUGGGUUGAGCAAGGUACUACGGUAACCACCGCGUAUGACCCUAUGAUAGCAAAGGUCAUAUCCCAUGGGGCUGAUCGUAAAGAGGCUCUCGAAAAGCUACUCAAAGGACUGGAAAAUACAAAGAUUGAAGGACUUCAGACAAAUCUUGAGUACUUGCGCCAGAUUCUGGCGUCGGAUAUGUUACGUUCUGGAAAUUUUACCACGAAAUCUCUUGACACAUUUCGAUUUCUCUCAUCCUCAUUUGAAAUCCUUGACCCUGGUACAUUGACGACUGUUCAGGAUUAUCCAGGACGAACGGGAUAUUUCAAUAUUGGCAUUCCUCCAAGCGGUCCUAUGGAUAAUUAUUCCUUCCGGUGGGCCAAUAGACUCGUUGGGAACCCCGUGACUGCUGCAGGUCUGGAAUGCACUCUUCAAGGUCCUGCCCUCAAGUUUCACCAAGAGUCUAUAGUCGCAGUUACUGGAGGUGUUGCCACAGUGACCUUAGAUGGCAGCAUGGUCGCUGUGUCAAAGGCCAUCAAGGUUCAGCCGGGACAAGUCCUACAAGUUGGGGAUAUCGAGCAUGGUUAUCGUGUGUAUAUUGGAAUCCGCGGUGGUAUCGAUGUUGUUACAGUAAUGGGCAGCCGGAGCACCUUUGAAAUCGGCAAACUUGGCGGAUUCCAUGGACGAAAGCUACGAGCGCAUGACAUAAUACCAAUAUUUCCCUCCAAUACAUCCGAUGUCGACACCAGUAACCAAAUAACCCGCCCUUUUCCAAUUCCACACCAGCCGAACGCUGAAUGGUUACUUCGAGUAAUUCCUGGGCCUCACGGCGCUCCAGAUUACUUCACAGAAGACUCGGUCAAACGUCUUUUCUCGGAGGGCUGGAAGGUUCACCAUAAUAGCAAUAGACUGGGAGUACGUCUUAAAGGCCCUUAUCCCGAGUGGGCACGAUCUUCAGGUGGUGAAGCUGGCUUGCAUUCUUCCAACAUCCACGACAGCCCAUACUCAGUCGGCAGCGUCAGCUUCACAGGCGAUGAGGCCGUGAUCCUGACCUGUGACGGACCUAGCCUUGGAGGAUUCGUCGUGUUCUGCGUUAUUGCCAGCGCAGAUAUGUGGAAGAUUGGCCAGUCAAGGCCAGGAGAUACAAUCAGAUUCAAACCCGUCACCCCUGAAGUGGCGAUGGACCUUGAUAAGGAACUCGAUCGAGCGAUUGUAGAUUUGCGGGGACUCGAUGACAUUAACACGAUCCCAGAUACUAUGAUAUCUCAAUCGCUGUCAACCGAACCCGUCAUAGUCGUUUCCGACGAGAGUCAAAAGAUACAGGCACGGCAGGCGGGAGAUAGAGCGAUUCUCCUUGAAUUCGGAGAUGUUGCGGGAUUCGACAUGCGGCAGAGUUUUGAGAUAUUCGCUUUUUGCGACCAGCACAGCAAGAUCCCAAUACCAGGAGUUGAGGAGUUGACACCCGGCAUCUUCACAUUGCACGUCCAGUAUUCACGAGGCAUCUUCCCGAGUACAAUUAUUGAUCGCAUCACCCGGCAUGUGAAAUCUUACAGUGUCCCAACACAAGUUCCUUCACGGAUUUUCCGCAUGCCCCUUGCCUUUGACGACGGGGUAUGUCGUGCCGCCAUUAAGCGCUAUGGAAACACCAUUCGGCACCAAGCACCUUGGCUUCCGAGCAACACAAAGUUCUUGGCGGAGCUCAAUGGGCUCGAGACCGUCGCUGAUCUGUUGUACGAGGCAAGCUUUCUGGUUCUAGGCCUUGGUGAUGUGUUCAUGGGGUCUCCUUGCGCAAUCCCAAUCGAUCCUCGACAUCGACUCUUUGGGUCCAAGUACAAUCCAUCGCGAUCUUUUACUCCUCGCGGAGCCGUGGGUAUCGGGGGCCAAUAUAUGUGCAUUUAUGCUACCGACUCUCCCGGUGGGUAUCAGCUUGUCGGCAGGACGAAGGAGAUCUGGGACCAUGGCUGUGCUUCGAUUUGCUCGGGCAGGGCCGGGCUUAUCGAUCACGGUGCUGGAUCCCCAUGGCUCUUCCGUUUAUUCGACCGAAUUACCUUCUACGCUGUCACAGAGGAGGAGCUUGAUUCCAAAUCUUUCAGCGACUUGGUUCAUGUUGAGGAGAGCGUACUUGACCUCACUGAGUACGAAUCAUGGCUGGACAAGAAUAAGGUGGAUAUCGAGUCAAGGAAGGCACAUCAAGCACGCGUCAUCUCCAGUUCUCCGUUCGUCGAAGAACUUGUACGGCCCUACCUGCAAGCGAAUUCGGCGAACUCGGGGAAAGACAAUCUCGAGAUUGGGACCGACACGAUUCCAGGGGAGUGGAUCCAGGCGAUGAUGCCAGGACGUUGUUAUAAGAUCAACGUCAAGGAAGGCGAUAUGGUUAACAAAGGAGAUAUUCUGCUCUGUAUUGAAUCAAGUAAGAUGGAGCUUGAAAUCAAAAGCCAAGAGGAUGGCAGGUGUGUCGCUGUAGGUCUGGUGGUGGGUGAUAUAAUUAGUAUAAGUGAUAAUUUGGUCAAGAUUGAACGUUUAGAUUGA